AUGGGACGAAUGCAUAUCUUCUUGGGACUGCUCUCGGUUGUAUAUUUUUUCGAGGCCAUUGGAGGGAGCUACCUCAUCUCAGCUAUUCAGAACAUCGAGCGACAAUUUCAAAUUCCGUCGAAAAUCUCUGGUCUGAUGGUAUCGGCAAGUGAUCUUGGGUAUAUCCCAACCGUAAUAUUUGUCGCGUAUUUCGGAUCGAGAGGAAAUCGUGCAAAAUGGAUUGGAAGCGGAGCACUUCUGGCUGCGUUCACUUACCUCGCUAUUGCAUCACCAAAUUUUAUAUAUCCUGUUGCCGUUCCACAAGCUAAUACGUCAGAAAUACAGAUGAGUGAUUCUGUCACCAAUUGGACGACUCAUAACGAUAAUGCAGAAUACGCCUACUAUUCCAUUGACGGAGACCUGCUGAAUGAGGCGAUGAACCUUGUUCCCGGCACACUUGCAGGCAACAUCUCCACCACUGAACUCCGCCAGUUUUUCUCACUAUUCGUUCGACGGCGCAGUGACAAAGCAAGUUCGGAUUUAUUCCGUAUUCGACGUAGUGCGGUAGCUCCAUUCACGUAUUGUGGUCAACUGGUGAACGAAUUUCGGAGAAUCAUGACGAAUCUCCGCUGCUCGGAUAACAGUGGUAAUAAAAGCCUGUUAUUUAUUCUGCUACCCGCUUUAUUUUUCCUUGGAAUUGGUAGAACUAUGCCUUGGAGUCUUGGCAUUCCUCUCGUGGAUGACAAUGUCAAACGGAAAAGCCUUCCUGCAUAUUUUGCUGGGAUGUCAUUUGUUCGUGUACUUGGACCAAUUAGCGGAUUUCUAUUAGGAAGCUUUUGCAAUAAGCUUUAUUACACUCUACACCCACCCGUAGGAAUUACUCCAUCUGACCCGGCAUGGAUUGGAGCUUGGUGGAUAGGCUUUAUCUUUAUUGGAGUUAUUACAAUAUUUCCAUCAGUAGCGCUAUUUUUUUUCCCUGUAGAAUUUAAAAGUGGUUCUGGUGGGCGGAAGAAACGAAUAAAUCUUUUCGAUAAGUGCAAAGAUAACAAGGAGGAUAAGAGUUGCUUACGUGAAAAAGCGAUAGAUUUUCUGCAUUCUUACGCUAAACUAUUCCGAACAAAAAUAUACGUUGGAUCUGUGCUCGGCCGUAUCUGUGACGUUCUCGCCUUUAAGGCAAUGUUUGGCGUAUUCGGUUUUGCUCUUGGAACGAUAAUUGGCGGCUUUGCUACACAUCGCUAUCGACUGAACGGAAGAAGGGCUGCCAUGUUUGUACUCGUUGUUUCGACGGUGAACAUGGGUCUAUUCUUCUUAAAGGCGUUCAUUGCUUGCGAAUCUGUUGUGAACAGUGUUGGAUUAAACGGCAGGGACAACAACUACAACUUUACACAUGUCUGUAAUUCAGACUGCGGCUGUGCCGAUGCUCGACUGUAUCCAGUUUGCGAUAUAAAAGGAUAUGCUUUCUUCUCUCCUUGUCAUGCUGGAUGCCGAGAAGUGAAAGUAGACCGUGAUGAGAGCGAUUACAUGGCAAGUCAAAUUUCAUUUGUUCAUAAUGUUGAAUUAUUCGGCUAUGGUGGAAUGGUCCGAAAAGAUUUUUGCAAGCAUACUUGUACAAUCCCUACAAUUAUUUUCUUUUCUUUGGUACUAAAUGGUGCAUUAUUUGCUGGAAUGGGUGUUGUACCAGGAUUACUCAUCUUACUGAGGUCUGUUCCAACAGAUACUCGUUCACAAUCUCUUGGACUUCAAGGACUUCUUGUAUCCUUAUUUGGCACAUUACCCAGUCCUGUUCUUUGGGGAUAUCUGAUUGAUAGCGCUUGUUUAGUAUGGGAGACCUCAUGCACAAGCGACAGAGGAAACUGUGUAAUCUACGAGGCACACACACUUAGGAUGAGAAUGCACGUGAUGUACACCAUAAUUCGUAUAGUUUCCAUGUUCACCGACAUAUAUGUCUGGUAUCAUGCACAGAAAUUAAAUAUUAUCGACGUCGACGAGAUUGAAAGAGACGACAGUGCGGCAAGUCAACUUAUAAUUUAA